AUGGCCGUCGUCGUCGUCGUCGUCGAAUCGGGGAAAAAAAGGACGAAGGAUGGUAAAUGGAAAAUUACAGAAAAUGCGAUCGGCCCUUCGCGAGCAGAAGCGCCCGCGAGAAUUCCGAUUGAUUUAACCGCGAACGGCCACAUUAAUUCUGCGCGCUGCGUAAGACGUGGAAAAAUCGAGCACAAUGGGGGGAUGGAUUGGGGAGGAUCAGGGAUGACCCCGCGCGGACAGCGAAAAGCGCGCAGUUUUCCCCGAUCCGCCUUUGUUAUACCGUGUGUAUGUGUGUUUGCAGAAACAAACGGCCUGAGGAUGAAGCAGCUGAUAGUACCCAAGCACGUGGCCCGUGGGGAAACCAUACGCCUCGAGUGCGACUUUGAGCUGGACAACGAGAAACUGUACUCGGUCAAAUGGUACAAGGACGGCAACGAGUUCUACCGAUACGUGCCCCAGGAAAAACCACCCGCCAUGGCGUUCAAUCUUCCCGGCGUUACGGCGAUCAUUCACAAUUCCACCGACAGGACGGUCGACCUUUUCUCCCUGAAUCUCAUGAGCACGGGACGCUACAGAUGCGAGGUUUCAGCGGAAGCGCCUUCUUUCCAGACCGUUUCCGACCAUUCGGAUAUGGAAGUGGUCGCACUGCCGAAGGACGGGCCCAUCAUUACGGCGACUCCGCGAUCCGGGAAACAUCGUUAUCAACUCGGCGACGUCAUACGGCUCAAUUGCACUUCAGCAAAGUCGAAGCCACAUGCCACGCUCAGCUGGUUCAUCAACGGCGAACCCGUCGAAGCGCAGUUCUUGAAGCCGCUCUUAACCAACGUAGACCGGGAGGGUCUAGAGACCGCCACGCUCGGUCUAGAGUUCCGUCUGCGCACGAAACACUUCAAGAAGGGAGACUUGAAGAUCAAAUGCCUGGCGACGAUAUAUACCCUAUAUUGGAAAUCGAAUGAGCUCAGCAUAGAGGGCGAGAGGCCCCUGAAGAUACCGGUAAUGGAGAGCAGGGAGACAAGGGCGCAAGGGCACACGCAUGCAGAGCAUAUCCUAGCUAGCGGAAGUGUUACGCUGGCACGACCAUGCGUCGUUCUCGUAAUCAUGGGAUUAUUGAUGCUCCGGUAAGGAUCGAGGAUACCAAUCGCCGCCCUUCGUGCUCAUCCUCUAGGCCUCGAGGAGAAGCCACCCUCACGAUGUGACACGAUUACGUAAUAAAUUACCCGUGUUGUUUAUAUUUUUUAUAAUUGCAAUUAGAGUGGAGCUAGAAACCACGUAAAUAAUUGUAGGCAGACGACACACACACUAUCAGUACGUUAGAUUUAAACUCGGAUAUGCGGAGAGAAUGAAGAGAGUAAAGGGGUGGAUUUUUUUUUUUUUUUUUUUUUUUUCAUUUAAAGCGAUAAGAUACAAUCCCCGGAACCUUGCGGCGACUUGGUCGUUUACUUUUCGCGUUAUACAAAUUACGUAUUUCUCGUGUAGUGCGCGAGGGACACGACGAACCAUGCAUUCUCGGUGUGUAUAUUCAUCGGAAGGACAGGCACGUCACAAAUCGCUGGUUUAUGUCAUGAAAAUUCAGAGUCGCGACUCUUUACAUCGCUCGCGGCGGCGACUCGUGCGUAAAGUGCAUAAAUCGAUUUCUUCGGAUGCACAUACGCACGUUACACGCGCGCUUCGUCUCUACGUGAAUAUUCGCCGCGCAGUGCAAACCGAGAACGUGACGAAUCUGCAUUUCAUCGAAUUUUUAUUAACUGCCCUACGUACGAAUUAUAGAGAUGAUAGAGUACAAGUGCACUUUAUUCAAUUUGCAAGACAAUGUAAUAUAUUAACGAUUUCAGCAUGACAUGUAUGUAUGAAAAAUUCCCCGCACAUGGUCAGGAUAUAUAUAUAUAUAUAUUUUAAAAGAUUUCUACACAGAGAGAA